AUGUGCAGACCCACAUUGGCAGGAAAUGAAAAUGCAUUUUGGGAUUUUAUUGGGGUCCAAACGCGAAAAUUUCAUCUUGAAGCUCGUCCUCUGUUUCUGAGCCUCGAGCUAAAGAAAAGAUUUGAGAAAAAAUGUCGUCUUCACGGCCUAGCCAGUCAAGCAAUUCAGCAAGAUCAAAACAUAGUGCUAGGAUCAUUGCCCAAACUUCCCUGGAUGCAAAGCUUCAUGCAGACUUUGAGGAAUCGGGGAGCUCAUUUGACUACUCAAGCUCGUGAGAACGCUCCCGAAAUGCUGACAAUGGUCAGUCAUGCAGUUCCAAGUGUGGGAGAUCAUCCGGUUCUUGGAAUUGGUACUGACGUCAGAACUAUUUUCACUGCUCCAACUGCAGCAGCAUUGCAGAAGGCCUUAGGAUUUGGUGAGGUUUCUCUGUUGAAUCCCAUCUUGGUUCACUGCAAAACCUCUGGGAAACCAUUUUAUGCUAUAAUCCACAGGGUAACAGGUAGCUUAAUAGUUGACUUUGAGCCUGUAAAGCCUUAUGAGGUCCCCAUGACUGCUGCUGGGGCAUUACAGUCUUAUAAGCUUGCUGCUAAGGCCAUUACUCGCCUGCAGUCCUUGCCCAGUGGAAGCAUGAAAAGGCUCUGGGACACAAUGGUUCAAGAGGUGUUUGAACUCACUGGUUAUGAUAGGGUGAUGAUAUAUAAAUUUCAUGAUGAUGAUCAUGGAGAGGUGGUGUCUGAGAUCACAAAGCCUGAUCUUGAACCUUAUCAAGGAUUGCAUUAUCCAGCAACAGAUAUUCCACAGGCUUCUCGUUUUUUGUUCAUGAAGAAUAAAGUCCGAAUGAUUUGUGACUGCAGAGCAAGUAACGUGAAAGUCAUUCAAGACGAGAAGCUUCAAUUUGAUCUGACAUUGUGUGGCUCAACACUUAGAGCUCCACAUAGUUGUCAUUUACAAUAUAUGGAAAACAUGAAUUCGAUUGCAUCUUUGGUCAUGGCAGUUGUAGUCAAUGAUGGGGAUGAAGAGGCUUCUGAUUCUGCACAGAUGCAAAAGAGAAAAAGGCUUUUCGGUUUAGUAGUAUGCCAUAACACAACUCCGAGGUUUGUUCCCUUCCCUCUCCGAUAUGCAUGUGAAUUUCUUGCACAAGUGUUUGCCAUCCAUGUCAACAAGGAGUUGGAAUUGGAAAAUCAGAUUCUUGAGAAGAAUAUUCUGCGAACUCAGACACUCUUGUGUGACAUGCUGAUGCGGGAUGCACCUUUAGGAAUUGUGUCUCAGAGUCCCAACAUAAUGGAUCUUGUGAAAUGUGAUGGGGCUGCUCUAUUGUACAAAAACAAGAUACACAGGUUGGGAUUAGCUCCAACUGACUUCCAGCUUCGCGACAUAGUAUCAUGGCUUAUUGAAUACCACAUGGAUUCGACAGGUCUGAGUACUGAUAGCUUAUAUGAUGCGGGCUUCCCUGGGGCUCUUGCUCUCGGUGAUGCAAUCUGUGGGAUGGCAGCUGUUAGAAUAACUGAUAAGGACUGGCUUUUCUGGUUCAGGUCUCACACCGCUGGAGAAAUCCGAUGGGGUGGUGCUAAGCAUGAACCAGGAGAGAAAGAUGAUGGUCGAAAGAUGCACCCUAGGUCAUCAUUCAAAGCGUUCUUGGAAGUUGUGAAGACACGGAGUUUAACUUGGAAAGAUUAUGAGAUGGACGCAAUCCACUCUUUGCAGCUUAUACUUAGAAAUGCAUUUAAGGACGUGGAGACUGGGGAUUCGGAUACAAAGGAUAUCCAUACAAAACUGAAUGACUUCAGAAUUGAGGGGAUGGAGGAACUAGAAGCAGUGACCACUGAGAUGGUUCGCCUGAUUGAAACUGCCACUGUACCAAUCUUGGCUGUUGAUGUAGAUGGGAAGGUCAAUGGGUGGAACACGAAGAUUGCUGAGUUAACCGGUCUAGCUGUUGACGAAGCAAUUGGUAGGCAUUUACUAUCACUGGUGGAAGAUUCUUCGACUGAUAAAGACAUAACUAUCCAGAAGAGUAUUAUGGACAAGUUCACCCGAAUUCAAGGUGAUUACAGAGCUAUUAUACAAAAUCCCAACCCGUUGAUCCCUCCAAUAUUUGGCAUUGAUGAAUUUGGCUGGUGUUCAGAGUGGAAUUCUGCAAUGACAAAAUUGUCAGGCUGGAGUAGAGAGGAUGUUAUUAAUAAAAUGCUUUUGGGGGAGGUUUUUGGGGCACAUACAGCUUGCUGCCGUCUUAAGAAUCAAGAAGCUUUUGUAAAUCUUAGUAUUGCUCUCAACAAGGUUAUAACAGGUCAAGAAUCUGAAAAAGUUACAUUCGGUUUUUUGUCAAGGAGUGGGAAGUACGUGGAGUGUCUGCUUUGUGUGAGCAAAAAGAUGGAUGGGGAAGAUGCAGUAACCGGUGUCUUUUGCUUCCUGCAACUUGCUAGUCAAGAGCUACAACAAGCACUUCAUGUUCAAUGCUUAUCAGAGCAAAUUGCAGUUAAGAGAUCGAAAGCCUUAGCUUACAUAAGACAGCAAGUUAAGAAUCCUCUUUGUGGGAUUAUAUUUUCGCGGAAGAUGAUAGAAGGAACUGACCUUGAUGAAGAGCAGAAAAAACUCCUGAGUACUAGUUCUCAUUGUCAGCAUCAGCUCAGCAAAAUUCUUGAUGACACAGAUCUUGAUGUCAUCAUUGAUGGGUACAUGUAUCUGGAAAUGGUGGAAUUUAAGUUACAUGAUGUAUUGAUAGCUUCCAUUAGCCAAAUCAUGAUAAAGAGCAACAGAAAGGGUAUUAUGAUAGUUGACAAUUUGGACAAAAAACUAUCAGCUGAAACACUUUAUGGAGAUGGUCUAAGGCUUCAACAAGUCCUGGCGGAUUUCUUGUUAAUAUCAGUUAAUUUUACACCAAGCGGAGGCCAGCUUGGUGUUGCGGCCGACUUGACCAAAGAUUCCUUAGGUGAAUCUGUUCAGCUUGCUCAUCUGGUAUUCAGGAUAUCACAUACAGGCGGUGGGGUACCAGAACAAUUGCUGAGCCAAAUGUUUGGGAGUGCUACAGAAGCAUCUGAGGAGGGCAUCAGCAUGCUUAUCAGCAGAAAAUUAGUGAAGCUUAUGAACGGAGAUGUCCAGUAUCUAAGGGAGGCAGGAAGAUCAACCUUUAUCAUAUCUGUUGAACUUGCAGUUGCUAACAAACCUCGUGCAUGA